CGACUCUCUCCAAAUAGUGAGAACGUGGUCGCGCAAUUGUAGCCACCUGUUGAGCUGCACUCGCGCCUACGUCACAAAGUCCUCGUUUCCUUCUUUCUCCACGGUUUCAGGCGUACUUAAGGAGUCGAGUCUAAACUCGACUUGCUCCAUUUCAUAUCCUGUUUGGAUGUGCACGCUGAAAGCUGGUAGUUGAUCAUGUAGAUAGCUCGCGGAAUUUGAUCAGUCUGUGUCGAGUUUGAGUUUGUGGCAUGUGGUGGACUACUCCGGCGCAUGCCAUUAUAUUAGCUCGUAGCUCGACAAAUGUUUCUGGGUUGAGUCGUCCAGAUUUCCUACGAGCAUGUGAGGUGAUUGGGCAUGCCUCCUGCAAUCUAGUAGUUUUUUUAUGAGUCGUUCGACUUCAAGAAGUCUACUCGUCGAGAAUCUGUCAGUCGCCACUAAGCUGGAAUUUUGUGCUGCAAACGCAAUGACGUGAACAGACGAGAAUUUGUCGACAGAAGUCGGACGAAGAAAGUAGUAGCGAUGGCAGCGAUUUCACCCACGGAGAUGGAGCCGUCCGAGGAAAUAGCUCGGACAAGCACUAGUCAGGUAGGCAGUAGGAGACGAAGUAGUGCAGACAGAGACAGAGCCAGUCGAUGGGCCACUUUGAAUCUAGAACCGGACAGCGAAUUCGGAGGAUCGGGCAGGCAGGAAGAGAAUGGACUGAACGAUGAAGAGAAUCUGAAAUGGGCUGCUCUAGAAAAGCUUCCCACAUAUGAUCGCUUACGAACUGCCAUUCUCGAGAAGAUGAAAGGGAGUAAGGUUUAUCGUGAGGAAGUGGAUCUUAGAUUAUUGUCCGGCGGAGAGCCCCAGGCUCAGGCGCUCAUUCGCAAGCUCUUCACUAUCAGUAGUCCCGAAGAGGACAAUGCCAACUUUUUGCGCAAACUGCGAGGGCGCCUGGAUAAGGUGGGUGUGCAGCUACCGACCGUGGAGGUCCGCUACGAGAAUUACUCCCUAGAAGCAGAAGCUCAUAUUGGCGGUCGAGCAAUGCCCAGUCUUCCCAACUCCAUGAUCAAUACCCUCGAGGGAAUUCUGGAAUCUUUGUGCAUUCGAGUUUCAAAGAAGUCGAAGAUUCCAAUCUUGCGAGACCUGAGCGGUAUCGUCAAACCUGGAAGACUGACGCUGCUUCUGGGUCCUCCCGGAUCGGGAAAGACUUCAUUUCUGCGCGCACUCGCUGGCAAGCUCGACGACGACAGUCUGAAGGUCUCGGGAAGAGUAACAUAUAAUGGGCACGAGAUGACCGAGUUCGUGCCUCAGAAGACGUCGGCUUACAUAAGUCAGCACGACUUCCAUGUGCCGGAGAUGACCGUGCGAGAGACCUUCAACUACUCCGCCAAGUCACAGGGCGUGGGAACGAGAUAUGAGCUCAUGACCGAACUCCUGCAAAGGGAGAAAGAACUGGGAAUCAAACCCGACAUGGAUAUCGACUUCUACAUGAAAGCUACGGCUAUGCAAGAUCUAGCCACCAGCGUGGUUACGGAGUACACUUUGAAGAUUUUGAGCUUGGAAAUUUGCUCGGAUAUCAUGAUUGGGAAUGAAAUGGUGCGAGGAAUUUCUGGUGGUCAAAAGAAGAGGGUCACCACUGGAGAGAUGAUAGUGGGGCCUACGAGGACGCUGUUUAUGGACGAGAUCUCGACGGGGCUGGACAGCUCCACCACCUACCAAAUCGUCAAGUGCCUGCGAGAUAUCUGUCACGCCCUGGACAGCACCAUCGUGAUGUCGCUCCUCCAGCCUCCACCGGAAACGUUCGAAAACUUCGACGACAUCAUCCUCCUGGCCGACGGUCAAAUCGUCUAUCAAGGAGAACGGGAGAAAGUGCUCGACUUUUUUGAGGCUUGUGGCUUCAAGUGCCCUGAACGAAAGGGCGUCGCUGACUUUCUACAAGAGGUAACAUCCCGCAAAGAUCAGGAGCAGUACUGGGCCGAUAAGCACGCGCCGUAUGUGUUUGUCUCCGUCGAACAAUUUGCCAAGGCUUUCAAGCAUCACUCCGAGGGUAUUACGCUGCAGAAGGAGCUCGCAAUACCUUACGACAGGAAUAAAAGCCACAAAGCUGCCUUGAUCAGAGAAAGAUACUCGGUAUCUACUAUGCAGCUCUUUAAGAUCAACUUCGAGAAGGAAUAUCUGCUAAUGAAGAGAAACUCUUUUGUGUACUUCUUCAGGAUAUUCCAAGUUUCUCUAGUCGGUCUUCUGUCAAUGAGUGUCUUUUUUCGAACGGAGAUGCGAAGGGACAAUCUAGCUGACGCACAAAUUUAUGCCGCGGCUCUCUUUUUUGGUGUUAUUAUGAUCAUGUUCAAUGGGUAUGCUGAGCUUGCUAUGACAGCCACUCGACUGCCAGUAUUUUACAAACAAAGAGAUCUACUAUUUCUUCCUUCGUGGGCCUUUGCUAUUCCCAGGGCUGUUCUCUCCAUUCCGGUAUCUUUUUACGAAGCCUUCUUGUGGGUGGCUAUUACAUAUUACACAACAGGCUUCGCUCCAGCUGCAAGCAGGUUUUUCCAACAGUUAUUUCUUUUCUUCUCCAUGCACCAGAUGGCAGGGUCCAUGUUUCGGUUUACAGCUUCUGUUGCACGAGAUCCGGUUAUCGGAAACACUUUGGGAACAUUCAUUCUUCUGGUCUUUUUCUUUCUAGGAGGGUUUCUGUUACCCAAGGAUGAUGUUAAGCCCUGGUGGAUAUGGGGAUACUGGAUUUCACCUUUGGCUUAUGCUACCAACGCCGUGAGUGUGGUGGAGUACCUUGCGCCACAAUGGAAUAAGCCGGCUGGUGUUGAAGACUUUGGGGGCAAUGAAACUUUGGGGAAGCUAUAUUUGAGAAGAGCUGGGCUCUUCACCGAAGACUACUGGUAUUGGAUAGGGAUAGGAGUGCUGUUGGGCUACGCGCUUCUUUUCAACACUCUAUUUACGCUUGCUCUUACAUACUUGAAUCCUUUGCAGGAAGACAGAGCUAUGAUGACUAAAGAAACUCUCGACGAAAAAGUAGGCGCUUCGACUGGGCUAUUGUCGAGGUCGGCGAGUCAGAACUUGCCGCGAUCGUUGUCCUCUAAGGGAGCUGGAACUCCUGACCGUACGAGUUUCACCAUCCCAGAAAAUGAAAGUGCACCGAAGGAUGGAAAGGGAGAUGAAGGUCACGAUAAGACUUUUCAAGUAUCUAGAGUUUCCAGUUCCUUUGCGAGAGAUUCAUUUACAUCUGAUACCGAACGCAAGGUUGAAAAGCGUGGAAUGAUACUGCCGUUUGAACCGCUGUCCAUCAGCUUCAGAGAUAUCAACUAUUACGUCGACAUGCCCGCUGAGAUGAAGCAACAGGGAGCUUCUGAAGAUAAACUUCAGCUCUUGAAGGGAAUUUAUGGAGCUUUUAGGCCAGGUGUGCUCACCGCUCUGGUGGGAGUUAGUGGAGCUGGCAAGACUACUUUGAUGGAUGUUCUGGCUGGAAGAAAGACGGGAGGCUACAUCGAGGGGGAUAUUCACAUUGCUGGUUUCCCUAAAGUCCAAGAGACGUUUGCCAGAAUCUCUGGAUAUGUAGAACAGAACGACAUUCAUUCUCCUCUCCUUACAGUCUCCGAGUCUCUUACAUUUAGUGCAUGGCUCCGUCUCCACAAAAGUGUAGACGAUACUACGAAGGCGAAAUUUGUUCAGGAAGUUAUGGAGUUAGUGGAACUUACCACCCUUAAGAACGCGCUGGUUGGGCUCCCUGCGGUCAGUGGUCUUUCUACAGAGCAACGGAAACGUCUGACCAUUGCUGUAGAGCUCGUGGCGAACCCUUCCAUCAUCUUUAUGGACGAGCCAACCUCUGGAUUGGAUGCUCGAGCUGCUGCAAUCGUCAUGAGAACGGUUCGAAAUACUGUAGAUACAGGUCGAACUGUUGUGUGCACAAUUCAUCAACCUAGUAUCGACAUAUUUGAAGCUUUUGAUGAGUUACUUCUUCUAAAGCGUGGUGGAAGAACCAUCUAUGCUGGUCCACUCGGACGACGAUCCCACAGAUUGAAAGAGUAUUUCGAGGCUGUUCCUGGUGCACCAAAACUGAAAGAUGGCUACAAUCCAGCAACCUGGAUGCUGGAAGUAUCUUCCGUUGGGGUCGAAACGAAGCUGGGAGUCGACUUUGCUGAUAUCUAUGAAUCCUCAGCUCUAUUCCAGAGGAACAAAAGUCUGGUCGAGGAACUGAGUAAACCUGCCCCAAAUGCCAAAGACUUAUGGUUUCCUACCCAGUAUUCACAGUCCUUCUUCUCUCAGAUCUCAUCCUGCGUAUGGAAGCAACGCAUAACAUACUGGAGGAAUCCUAAGUUCAACAAUACUCGGCUUGUCUAUACAGUAGUAUGUGGCCUUGCUAUAGGGUCAAUCUUCUGGGAUGUUGGACGGAAGAGACACACGGAAAUUGGCCUCUAUUCCGUCAUGGGAAGUAUGUACGGUAGUGUCGUAUUCCUGGGAGUAAAUAAUGCCCGACAGAUCCUACCCCUUGUAGCCACAGAAAGAACUGUGUUUUACAGGGAAAGAGCAGCAGGAAUGUAUUCUGCCAUUCCCUACGGCAUAGGCCAGGUCUUGAUCGAGAUGCCCUACUCCUUGUUCCAGUCAGUACUUUUCGGGGUACUGACUUAUUUCAUGAUGCAUUUGGAAUAUGACGCUGGAAAGUUCUUCUGGUACCUUUACUACCUGUACCUCACACUCCUGUACUUCAGCUAUUAUGGUAUGAUGGCUGUUGGCCUCACUCCUAAUCAACAAGUCGCAUCGAUCGUGGCUACCCUAUUCUAUGGAUUCUUCAAUCUCUUUUCCGGAUUCCUGAUACCUUAUCCUAGUAUCCCCAUAUGGUGGAAAUGGUACUACUGGAUGUGCCCAUUGGCUUACUCGCUUUACGGAUGCGUAGUCUCCCAGUUUGGAGAUUUGCAUGAGGAGUUGCUGAUGUUCGACGGCAGCACAACUUAUAUCGACGUGUUAAUCAGAGAAAGAUUCGGUUUCAAGAGAAGUUUUCUACCUCUGACAAGUGUUAUGGUGAUUGUGUUCGCAAUAGUUUUUGCUUCAAUCUUCAUGUACACCAUAGCCAGAUUCAACUUUCAGCGUCGGUGAGAGGAAGCUUUUUACAGCCAGAGAAGAGGCCUUCAAGCGAGUGCUGAACUUUGAGCUGCGAAUCACUGUUGCGGACUCAGUUGUAUUCCAACUCAGUUCGUCGUGCUCUAAAAGAUGGAGGUUCCAGCUUCUGUUUCUGCGUUCGUUGAAACAGCACGCGUUUCAGCUGCCUCACUUGACUGCCCUUGGACUCGACAUUGAGCUUUCGGAGAGCUGUUGGAUCUGCUGGCGAAUGAAGUCUGGCUCGCCCAGAUGGAUACGCUGGAAGUUGGUGGGACUAGCGUAGUCGUAAGAUGUCAGAUUGCUCUGAUCGAAUCAGAACAUCAAAGUGAUGGGAUUAAUAUACUCUCUGAACACACACUUAGCCACAAGGGAACGUGAAGCUCUCUCAUGCAUGGUCAUACGGUAGAGAGCUGAUUUCUCUCAAACUGCAAAUCAAGCAGUGUGGAUACUCGCCCUUCGCUCGCAUUUGUGAGAUAAUAUUCCAGGUUAGAGUAAGAGGUUAGCUCUUUUUGCUGCCCAGAUUUGUUACUUUACUCUGUGUAGCGGUGUUUGAAGUCGAGGGAACUGAUUCAACCAUAAGUUAAACUUCCUUCUUUCAUGGUCAAUAGAUUUGAGAUUUAUUUGAGUAAAUAUUCGUGGAUUCUUCCAGAUUUAUUUUUCCAGGAACUGUGAGAAAAAUCAUUUCUCACCUGAUGUCUAGGGACGAGAAGAAGAAGAAGAGCCUAAAAGCACAAAAGACUCCCGUAGUAUCAAACUUGAGUUCCGUAGAUGGGAAGAGAAAUAUGCAUCUCUACUGAUACAAGUGAAGGACAAAAUAUGAGAAGGAACGGACGAGUUAACAAUUGUAUAUCUAAUUACACAGGAUCUUGAGUGGGAGUAGGUCCUGCAACUGGGGAUAUGUGUGAAAUAGCGUAGUCUGAGCCUUCGUUCUUAUCAGUGCAUCUUGAUGUGGAGUUUGAGCUAAGGGAUCGGAUAGUUAUCCACAAGUCAAACUCUUGGUAGGAAUGAUAUCGACAGAUUUAUGGAACUGAUGGUUUGAAUGCCACACGGACAUUUAUAUACAGAGUACGAGAGUAACUUCGAAAGUAUAUAUUUGUUCUCCUUCAGCCUUUUCGGAAAGAAAGUCCACUGAUCACACGACCAUCUUGAAGUUGUCAGGAAUAAUGCGUAGAUCAAGAUCAUGUUGGACUUCAUCCUACCUUUUCCCUACAACUUUUUCUUCAUCCAAGCAGGUGUUUUUGAUAUAUUCCCAACACAAACGACGUGGUUUUCAACAUAAGUUCCGAUGCACAAGCCUUCAAUUCAAAGCUCCAUACUCCUGUUUCUCAAUCAAAUCAAAUCAACAGCAAAAACCGUUAUAGAUCAAUCCAAACGUGAAGGAACGUA